CUCUGUGCAGACCCCACACUCACUAUCAACAACCUCCGUCACAUCACCUCUUCAGUCCAGGACUGGUAUGAUCUGGGGAACUAUGACUCUGGUCUUGGUGUUCCUCGUCCUGUGCUGUAUGAGAUCAGAGCCCAGACAGUGGAGGAGAAGAAAACAAAGGUCCUACUCUACUUCCUCCACAAUGUCCCCAUGGCCUCCUGGGAGAGAGUUGCAGGAGCACUGUACUACAAGAAGGAGAAGAGGGCAUUACAGGCAGUGAAGGAGUUCCUACGAGUCUCACCAGAGGCCAGUCUCACUCCAGAGAACCUCUCCACAGUUCUAGACAUCAUGAGUUGCGGUCUGUGGAGGAAGUUUGGUAGAUAUGCCAACAUACCAGACUCUGAGUUGGACAGGAUCAAGGAACAGUGUACCAGUGACAGAGAGUGCAAACAGGCCCUCAUUCUCUCCUUCAUCUCCUCACAUCCAGCACCAUCCUGGACUCUUGUGGCAUGGGCUCUCUACAUGACUGAGCGGGACGAGGAGGACGGCAGUUGUCUCAGAGCAUUGGAUCACCUGCAGCAGCUGUUCCCCACUGGUACAGUGGACUUUCUUGGUUGGUUGACGCUCCCUUCAACAUGUUCACUUUACUCCCGUGCAGGAAGAUUCCGCUCCAAACAGAUCUACGAGCAG